GUGUUUUUGUUUUGUUUUUGUAACACUUUUUCGUGCAUUUAAUUCAGUGUUUAAUUAGCGAUCAAAAUAAUGAGUUGUUUUCAUUUAAUCCGUUCACACAAUCAAUGUUUGGUUAAAAAUUCAUUGCAAUUAUGUUUACAACAAGUUUUGGCCGCAAAUGCGGUCAGAAGUGGUCUGCCGUCCAUUGCCUUGAAUUGCUUACAGAGACGAGAUAUGGCCGCCCGAAGAGGCAAACGUAUUGCCGCCGCGCGUGAGAAGCAAAAGCAGUCGCGGAUCAAGAAAGAAGAGGCCAGGAAUGCACCGCCGAAGGUGUGGACACCCACUAAACUCAAGAUCGACAAGUCAGCCCUAAACGUCGGCCCCCGAAGAUUCACAGACGAGCACUUGAAAGACUUGGACUCACUUAUGGACGACGUCUAUAUCACUAAAUUAUAUAAACAAAAGGCUUAUUCAUUGGUCGAGGCGUUAGACAUGCAUCGGGAGACACACCACAAGACAAUCCUCAAC